GACUGCGGACAUAGUACAGGAGAUGACCAGGAGACUGACCGCGGACACAGUGCAGGAGAUUGACCAGAGACUGCGGACAUAGUACAGGAGGUGACCAGAGACAGCGGACACAGUACAGGAUAGAUGACCAGAGACUGCAGACAAUAAUACAGAGAGAAUGACCAGAGACUGCGGACAUAGUGCAGGAGAUGACCAGGAGACUGCGGACAUAAUACAGGAGAUGACCAGAGACUGCGGACACAGUACAGGAGUUGACCAGAGACUGCGGGACACAGUACAUGGAGAUGACCAGAGACUGCAGACACAGUCAGGAGAUGACCAGAGACUGCAGACACAGUACAGGGAGAUGACCAGAGACUGCAGAAUAGUACAGGAGAUGACCAGAGACUGCGGAUAUAGUACAGGAGAAUGACCAGAGACUGCGGAUAUAGUACAGGGGAAAGACCCGAGACUGCGGACAAAUACAGGGGAUGACCAGAGACUUGGGACACCUACAGGGGAUGACCA